UCGGAGUAGUCGGAGAGAACAUAGUUUCGUGAGUUUUACUUUCGAUUCUACCGGUUUUUACACUUUUAUAAAAAAAGUGUCAGUGAUAGUUCUGAAAUUUUUAAUUCGCGAUUUCUUCUUAAAUCAGCCAAUUAUAAAUUAUUACCAGCGGCGGAAACACCCAGAAGACAACUUUAUUGACGAGUUACGAACAUACGAGUUCCCAAAUAAGGAGCUGCGUGGGGUACAGAGCGACCGAAGAGGAAGUGCCAUUAUAGAAGAGAGCUAAUCGUCAGGCACCCGACAAGAUGCCUGCCCCAACAUCAGCACCGGGUCCGGUGGAGGGCGGACCACCUCGCACCGAAUUGCAGGAAUUACAGCUGAAGGCCGAUCAAGUUACAGAUGAGUCCCUGGAAAGUACGAGGCGUAUGCUGGCACUAUGCGAGGAGAGCCACGUGGUCGGGAUGAAAACCCUCGUAAUGCUGGACGAGCAAGGCGAACAACUGGACAGAAUCGAGGAGGGUAUGGACCAAAUCAACGCCGACAUGCGCGAGGCCGAGAAAAAUCUCACCGGAAUGGAAAAGUGCUGCGGUCUCUGCGUUCUUCCAUGCAACAAGGGUGCCAGCUUCAAGGAAGACGAAGGCACGUGGAAAGGAAACGAUGACGGUAAGGUGGUUAACAACCAGCCCCAACGGGUGAUGGACGAUCGCAACGGGCUUGGGCCCCAGGGCGGCUACAUCGCCAAGAUCACGAACGAUGCUCGUGAGACAGAGAUGGAAGAGAAUAUGGGCCAGGUGAACACGAUGAUCGGUAAUCUGAGAAACAUGGCGAUCGACAUGGGCAGCGAGCUGGAUAACCAGAACCGGCAAAUCGACAGGAUUAAUCGCAAGGGCGAAUCGAACGAGACGAGGAUAAAGGUGGCCAACGAGCGAGCCCAUCAGCUACUCAAGUAAGGCCACUCUCGACCACCUGCACCCCGUCGGCCACCAACAGCACCAAAUACUACCCAUCACCACAAUCACAACCACCACCACCACAACUACACUACUAUCGACAACAACAACAACAAUAACAAUAACAACUACAACACCAGUGUCUACAAUUAAGCCAGGACUAUCAGAUACAGACACACAGUCGGUUACUCGGUUACUCUCAGUUACUCGUGCUCGUGUAGUUUAUUUAUUACGAUUUACUUGUACCUCGAAUCAUAGUAAACACUUAGUAGAGACGAGUUGACGAAUAGGCGAUCGAGAAAAACAAGAAAAGAAACGAAUGGCACGGUUCUAUACGUUCUUUUUCCGUCCUCCGUUCGAAUAGUAUCGUUUUUUCGUUCUUUUUAAUUUUAGUUAGCGAAUAUUAGCAGUUAGUAGUCGCGUAUGUUGUAGGAAACGCCUAGAGAGAGAACCAUUCUCAUCGGCUUUCGUACACUUUUGCUCGCAGUUAGUUAAUCUACCGUUGCUCCUUCGACGCCGUCAAAGAGUUAUUGCGUUCUGGGAAAUAAAUUGUACCGUUAUAUAUUGUUGUACGUUUUAUUUUCAACGAACGUGCAAAGUAAAUUCUAUUUCAAUAUAUCGCUUGUACUGUCUUCUGUUACUACUACCAUCCAAGUAGCUCGAUACUUUAGCGACUGUAUACGUUCCUUUCGCCACACUUUCGUUUACUCGUUUUGCAUUCGUUUCGCAAUUCAGCUAAUACCAUCGUGUGGUCCUUCCACGAACCUACUCGGGCGUACCUACGAACAUCAUCUUUAACCCUUAAGAGGGCAAAUUUUCAUCUCUAACUUUAGAAUAUCUAAGACAGAAAAUUAGAAAAAGAGAAACAAAGAGUUAGUUUAUUUACGAUUAAUAUUUACACGUAACGAAGAUGCCGACGCGAGACAGCGUCGCCAAGUCAAUUCAGUGAUCCGGUAGAGUUUUUUAAAAGACGAGCGCAGACGUUUACGCUAAAGUAUAAAAAAAAGGAAAAAAAAAGAAAAAAAAGAAAAUAAUAACGAAGAGAAAUAGAGAACAAACGUUAAAAUAAAAAAAAAAAGAGCAAGAAUUUUUUCGUCUUAAUUGCACGUUUAUCCAAGUUCUUCCUCUCGUGAUAUAGCGUUUACACUUUUAACGAUUUAUCUAAAAUGUUUCUAAAAUAAGAAGAGUAUUACCGAAAAAAAAAGAAAGGAGAAAAGAUGAAAAAAAUGUAAGAGGGAAUAAAAACUAGAAAUCCUUUAGCUGAAACGAAACGCGUCGAGUAUCGUGCGCCUGUUUAAGGGUUAAAGAUUACCCACAGUUUACGAGAACAGAAGCAUAUACACUGGAGAUGACAACGUCAGUUGUGUACAGGAGCGCGCACACGCUGUAGUUCUUUGCAUCGUUAUACACACACGCGUGCACGUGCGCGAAUCGGGACGAUAUUAUUUAC